CUUUUUAAAAUAAAAAUUUCCUAGCAUAAUGUAUAUAUAUAUAUGUGUGUGUAUUUAAGUAUAGGUUAUGUCAAAUGUGACCGAAAAUCUUUAAAAAGUGAAAAACUGUAAAAUAUACAAACCGAACGAUGUGUAAAACGAAAUUGAUCACAUCAGUUUUGGAACGAGUUCUUCAGUCGACUAAUUUUGCCCAAUGUUUACAAAAACUCCAAAUAGUCUCAGCAGGAAAUGGAAAUUGCAAAGCACAAUUAGUUGUAUCCAAGGAGCAUUUAAACUUAGGUGGUACCAUGCAUGGUGGUUUUACAAGUACCCUUAUUGACUGUGUUUCUACAUAUGCAGUAAUGACGCAAGGAAAUAAUUUACCAGGUGUGUCAGUGGAUUUAAAUGUUACAUUCAUGAAACCUGCUCUUCCUGGUGAUUUGAUAACAGUUGAUGCUAAAACUGUACGCAGUGGAAAAACAUUAGCUUUUCUUGCAGUAGAUAUUACAAAAAAUGAGGGGAAAGAUAUAAUUGCUCAUGGAAGACACACAAAAUUUGUUGGGCAAAAAUAAAAUAAAGUGUAUGUUGUUAUCUACUAUUGAUAUCGAUAUGAUUCGUAGAUAGAACAAGUACACUAAUUUAUUAUACUAAUAUAGUACACUAAUAUAUUAUAAAAUCUGAAUAAUAUAGCACUGCAUUAAUGUAUAUAUAAUAUGUAUAUGUUUAUAUAAUUGCUUAAGAGAAUACAAUCUCUUUAUUGGGUAUUGCAUUAUAAUAUUCAUCAAACA